AUGUCAACUGUUACAAUACUUUUCCUCGCUAUCGAUCGUUUUAUUGCCGUACAAUCACCUUUAAAAUAUCGAACAGCACGAACUAUACCUUACAUCGCUUUAGCCAUCGUCACUGGCUUUGCCUAUUCAACUGCCUUUGUUAUUGCCGUUGCUGAUAACGAUUUAUGUAUGGAAUAA